UUGUAGGGGGACCUGCAGACGUGUCAUCCAACCGGUCAGCUGGCAGACUCCUGUGUCCAAGUUCCCUCUUUUUUUUUUCCCUCUGUGUAUUAGUGUAAAUUGUUUAUUUAUGGUAGGAGUAGAUCUAAUUCCAUUUAGAAGUGAUUGUGUUGAUUGGUUUGAGGGAGUCGGUGCCAGAUUUAUUUGAAAGAUUCUUUCUGCCGGAAGUGAAACAAUGUAAACGACGUUUGAUUGGGAGUGAGAAAAAGAGUGAACAGGAAAAUUCCUGAUCUGUAUUCAACAACCAUACAUUGAAAACACCAUGGGAUGUCGCCCCAGCAAACAAGCCACAAGCAAAGUUCGAGCCGUGGACGAGUCUCUCUGUUUGUGCAGUCCACGUAAAGUAAGAAAGAAUCAUAAAUGUAGUGGCAGCACCAGCAAACCAUUGGUCACUGGCAGCAAGAAGCACAGCCUCAGCAGCGGACACAGACCUCGCUCGGCCAAUGGCGCCAUCAUGGACUUUCCCGCCUUUUCCACCACCACCGCUGUGUAUAGAAAGAGCGCCUCAAAGACGUCUAAGAUAACUCUGAGACUGUCGUGUGACGGCUCUACCCUAGAGAUAGAACAGUGCGACUACGACUUGGAGAAGGCGUGUGGAGAUCAGACUCCCACGCCCAGACCGUGGCACAGUGCGCCGAACUUAACUAAACUUAAAGACAAGAGAACCAGGCUCUUCCGCGAGGAGCCCAUGAAACAUUCAACAUCAACAUGGUCGCCAAGUGUAUCCAGUACCGUUUCCGGUUGCCAUGGGUUAACCAUGCGUGUUCCGGUCAUUAUCAAUGCGACUGAAAACCAAAAUAGCGACAAGUCUUUGGCGGCAUCUCAUCGGUCUUCUAAUGAGUCUCAAGCUGGUAGUGGAUCUUCCCAAGGGAGAAGCAACACGGGGAAAACUCCACUGCUGAAGACUGCUUGCAAGCCAAGCUCGGACGCUGCUCAGUUUACUUACAGAAAUUUUUGUGACUUUAGCUCCGAUAUUGAUAGAUCUCGAUUAGGUGCGCGCAUGUCUUUUAGAGAACAGGAUUAUACAAAACAAAGUUUGAAUAGCAGGUCAGAUAACACUACUAGAACAAAUGAAACGUCUGCUCUUGUUCAUGAGAAAAGCCAGACAACAAACAACAAACACAGAUCCCACGGCUACAAAGUACGAGAUGAUUCUGAAUCAUCCGCUGAAUUCGAGCAAAUACCAGUGAAUGUCAUUACAUCAUACGGCCCUCCUUCAACAUCGGACAAGACGUAUGGUACUACAGAUAGUAACCACAACCCUGUUCAGUUGUGCUUGAACAGCUGUUGCUCGCAUGACAAGAGAGCCCGGCCGGAGUCUACAUUUCUGGCGCCUCACUUUCGUUCAGUGGAUAGUGAAAGUAAACAAAGUUCUUUAGAAUGUUUGCAGAUGGCAAACAUGUUCACCAUACAUGAUUUCUCGUCCCACGAAGACAUGUCUACACACAGCGCUAGAGAUGAAUCGCCUGUCAAUUUCAUGUCACAAAUAGAUUCCAGCAGCAUUCUGAGUUUUGUCGCAUUGGGCUGCCCCGUGCUUAACGACAUAUCAAAUUUCCCCUACUCUUCAGACGACGAGGCCCCGCGAGGCAUGUUCACGCCCCAGCCUGGAAUAAUUGACCCCUACGACAGUUUAGACGAUGGCAUCAAUACAUCUGGCAUCAUCAAUAAUGUAUAUGGUGUCGCUCCUGGUGUAGGGUGCCUAUACACUGGGGGUAGUGAUAAUGUCAGUAGGCGUGGGAGUCGAAAAAACAUAGACAAAAAAUCCUCCGCUGAAAGAACUGUAAGUCGCUUAAAAUACGUCAAUGGAUUUAUAGAUCACAAAAGAGGACAAAGUGAAGAAACAGCAGAAUACAAAAAAGAGACCAGGCGCGAAUGGAUAGACGGUGAGCUACGCUUGGUAAAGGAUGACGGCUCGAGUGUAGAUGAUUGCUCUACCUGGGCUUCAAAUUGCUGGUCACGUGUGAAGUUCCCAGUCUUGAAAACACACGUUUCAGCCAGUUCUCUGCUGAACGAUGCCGUUGAACUCAAAUCUGGUGACGUUACCAACGAAUGCAAUGACGUGGUUUGUUGCAGCGAAUCCGAGGCUCCAAGUUUGUGUCAACAGUCUCAGUGCGAUGUAACUGAAAACUUGUGCCAGCCAAAGGAAUCUUCUGUCGUAACCACCUACCAGUCAACGGAUAUUGAGUCAGUCGAUAAUGAGGUGAAAUAUAUGGGAGUUGUAGCAGGAGAUACAGAAUCAACUCUCCCAAGGCGUCAUAAGAUAACGGAAAAUACGGAAGAAAAAUCAAUAACAUUGGAGUUAUCGACUAUUAGAUUGACUGACGAAGCAUCAUUAGAUGUUGACUCAAUAAAUAUUAAGUUAUUGCAAUUGAUGCCUCAAAAUAUAGGGCCAUCAUUUCAAACGGAGACAAAUAUUGAAGACAAAUUAUAUUUCAAUGUAACAAAUGCUGAGCGAAAAGCUCAAGAAACGAUGUUAUUUGCCAAGGGCACAGACGAUACUCCAGUCAGUCACGAAAGAAGCCUAAUCAACAUCGAUACCCUUGUCCAAGAUCUAACGUGCUGUGAAAGUUCAGAAACAGAGAGCAUCGAUUCUUCACAAAAUCUAUUUGUGUUACACGAUUUUCAAGACGACGACGAAAUCGAUUCGUUCAAAGACACACCGGAGAGUCAGCAAGCUGAUUAUCUAAUGGAAUUACUCACUAGUGAGCUAACUACCACAAGUAGGACAGGGGUAAAAGAAUCGAUGUAUUCCUCGGAUUACCAAAAUUUUCUCCAGACCGGUUUAUACUCUAUGACGAACUCUUCAGAGAGUGAGUCAAGUCUGAUGAAGAACAGCGUUCAGUAUGAUAAGUUACAUAACUAUGAAAGCGUGUAUCCUAACCAGCAUAUCUGGACCAAGCCGGUCACUACCACUAGUCUACACCACGUCAAAAUCAAUAUUCUUAAUCAAAAUUUGAGCAGCUUAGAUCCUUCCCAUGAUUUGAAUUCUGCUGACUUAAAGAUUCUCGAGUGUAAAAAAUCAAUGAUAGAUACAUUGACAAGCUUAGCAUACUUUAACAAAGACGUAUCGCAAGAAAAUAUGUCUUUGAAUCGUUAUGGCGAAAGGACUUUAAAAGAUGCUGAUGCUAACGGUCGCCAAGAUUUCAGUCACCAGACAAAGAACGCAAGAAAGAGUCGAAGUAACGUGAAUUCUUUAAUAUCUGCUGAUCACGGGGCAUACACCGCUGUUCACACGUUUGAGAACCGCAAAUAUCUCAAGAUGGCAACGGGGAGACAGAUAGGUCAGGUCAAUGACCACUUGACCGAAACAACAACAACCAGUGUUAUACAGUUGGAUGGACACAAACAGGCAAGUGGGGUCGACAUCUUCGGCCAGGACACUACAGGUUCUAACGUUUCAACAAGCUUGUGCCCUUCGGCACCCUCUCUCUCUCAAACACAAUCGGAUUUCAAGGGGAUGAGUGUAUCGAUCCAAGCACACGGCGAGCGUCCUCCAGGCACACAUUUCGAAAGACAUCUAAACGAGGGCGGUAUCGAUCCUUCCAAAAUAACCUACUUAGCUCUGGAGGAAAAAUGUCCCACCACCACCACCACUCUAAAUUUACCCUUUCAAUGUAAUGUGCCACGAUGUUCGCCGAUUUCCCAGGAUUCGUCCAACCGUUUUAAGAAAACGCUUUUAUGUAAAAAUGGCCCUCGGGAUAAUGAAAGCAUUGGCUUUAAUGGAGGUCACGACUCUCGUAACAUGGAGACGGAAGCUAUUUACAUUGAGACAGAAAAGUUUUUUGGGGCCAGUGAUUGCCAGAAAUGUGAGGAUAUUAAAGGAGAUGCUCAAAAUUCCAGCUCUAAAUCACGCCCACAAGUUUUGUUGCAGUCGUCCUUUAUUAGGCCAUGCAAAGAUCCCAUCGGUCGAUCGGGAGAUGUCAGACUGCAGAAUAUGAAACAAGUUUCUAACCAUAAUGAAAGUUCUAAUCAUUUCUACGAUUCUGAUUUUCUCACGAAAUCAGUAGAUUGUAACAGCAAUGAUCAAUGUAAAGAAAAUUCAAAAUGCUACAGCAAUGACAUUUAUAAUGAGAUCUUGAACUUGCGGAAGAAAAGUCACACUAUUAUGUCUUCAAGUUUAGACGAAAGAGUAAUUAAAACAGAAGUAUCUUGCAAUGGCGAAAUGCAACCUUUAGGUUCAGGUAAAGCAACUCAUCACUGCCGCGCCAGCUCUUACCCACUUUGUUCAAGUAGCCCUCACAAUACGCGCCCAAAAACGUCAAUACACGCAAGGGAAGAGAACUAUUGGGGUUACAACAGAUGCCUCUUCAAUCAAAGAAAUGUGAGGUGCUCUAAUGUGUACAUUUCCGGCAAUAAGCACUAUGGGAACUCGAAUCAUGCGCAAUGUGCAGGUGAUUUUGGUGGAGUUUCAUAUAACCAACCAGCAGAAACCGUCCAAUGUGACCGUUAUCCACCAAUCAAAGAGAGAAUAAAACUCUCAAACAACUCAAUUUCAUCAACUUCCACCUUUAAACACGAGUUACUGGAAUCCCCGUCUAUUGAACACUCUCUAGACAUUAUUUCCUGCAGGAGGCAGGCUCCCAGCAACGUAUGUUACAAACACUUUACAGAAACUUCUGAUUCAGACUCUAUUCCACGAAAUAGUGUUCUUUCUCUGGUUAGAUAUUUCGAGAAAGUUCCGUAUCUAACGAACAAUACCAAGUAGAACCUUUUUUUUUUUCUAAUCAAUAAUUGCAGAGCCAAUCUUUGUAUCCGUUUUGAAAGAAAGUCUGUAAUUCAAAAGCUAUUUGGAGAAAGUACCUUACCAAACAAGCAAUGCUAAGUAACAGCUAUUACCGUGUUAACCAAAUCACUGGAUCUUCUAACAAAAUCUGAUAUAAUUUUAUUGAUAUUUUGAACUUGAUGUUUAUACUAUGAUUGUACAUAACAGUAUUAUUAAUUUAUUUCAAUGUCUACAGUAUUUAUGACUAAUAUAUUUACAUAUUUAUUUAUAAACAACGUUUCUUAAAUGAAUUAAGCUGUCAAGACUGUAUACUUAAUGAUUAUAAGAUCAAUGGAGAUUAAUUUAUUCUAUUUAUUGCUUUAGUUUAUGCCAUUUAGAGUUUGAAAAUCUCAUUGGUGCACCUUAAGGGAAACAUUGCGAUUACACAAUACACUACGUCACAUAUAGAUCUAGAUUUACUUUUCCCCCUUUUUGAUAUUUCUUAGAAUCCAGUCAAACAGAAUGUUUAUUCAUAUCGUGGGCAAUCGUGUUUGUGAUUUCGCAAUGCUGUAUAUUAAUAAAAGAGAAAACAGAAUCUUAAAGUAUUGCAACGUUCUGCAACUUGUCUAUAUACUGUUGACCUGACACUCGUCGAAAAAACAAAAAAAAAAGCCUCUCUCAAACCACGAAAACAUGUUCUGAUUUCUGCCAAGGAAACGAAAUUUGGAAUUAACAAGCUUGGCUGCCGCGCGACAACUACUUGCCAGAUUUUUUAAAUAUUGGGCCAAAAGAUCAAUACCAAUGUUAAAUCCAAGCUUUCAGCAGUAGUUCCCGCUCGCGCGCAUGUGUGUGUCAAUUUCGACAUACAGAAAAAAGUGAAACUCAAUAAUAGCAUUCUUUCUCUAAAAAAAAUUUUAUAAAAAAUAGAACAUGUAAUUAAGCUUUUUGGGCCAACUACUGUUU